CAUAUUUGAAGUGCACAGCCUUGGGUAACUUGUUUUUGUGAUAAAGUCGACGAUGGUGGCACGUUUUUUCCUCUGCGCUUUGAUUUAUGCAAUAUUGGCGCCGACGCUCGGCGCCAAAUUGUCGAUGGGAAGGAUUCUUGGAGGAUCGGUGACCGCUGAUGGAACGCAUCCGUAUGCGGUCGCGUUGAGGUUGUACCACACUUUCUACUGCACCGGAACCAUAAUUAACAAGGACUGCGUUUUGACAACCGCUAAUUGCGUGGCGAGCGUGUCCUACAAGAACGUGGAGAUUUUGGCAGGGACCAACAACUACAACUCGGGUGGGGUUAGUUAUAGAGCCGAAGACGGAAUUCCGCACGAUCUCUACGAUCCCAAUACGAGAUCUGCGAAUGUAGGGCUAUUGAAAAUAAAGGGCGACAUCAAAUUCGACACCAAAACGAAACCGAUCGCCCUAGCCGUUAAAGAUCCCGGGGCGGACUUGGCCGUCACUUUCGUGGUUUGGGUUAAAAGCGACAACCUGGCCGACGUCCCUGCGUCAAACAGGUUGAGGUCCGUCAGUUUGCAAACGAUGUCAACCUACAACUGCAUUGCGACGUUAGCCGGGGACCACAAAAUUGAGGACAAAUUCUGCACCACCAACAAGGGAUUGUGCGGUGAAGGAGGGCCGCUAAUUUUCAACAAGACACUGGCCGGAAUAUCAUCCCCGAUAGGGGGGUGCAUAAGUGGCAAACCCGAAAUAUUUCAAAGCCUUUCCAAUUUCAUUGAUUGGAUAAAUGGACACGCUUGCUAAAUCUUCUACCCGCCCCUA